CACGUGGUAUUCCCCGGUGAAGCAGUCAACGGAGGAUUCACUCAGUACCAGAUGGAACAUGCCUACACAUCAGUGCACCGUGUGCGACAAGACAUUCGGUGAAAAGUCCAACCUGGCGAGUCAUCUGAAGAUCCAUGCAGACGCCAGGGAGACCUUUACCUGUGAUGUCUGCGGGAAGAGCUUGGCCACUAAACCAUCGCUGGGUUAACAGCUAGUAGAGGAGGCCUACGUGGUGUGGCGUGGCCUGAAGCCAACACUCUGAAGCCAUUAUGCUGAUAUAGCAGAACCGACUCCUGAGAGCAGACGUAUCUGAAGCUGUCAGGGAGGAACCAUGGCUACCAUCUCUGAACCGGACCCUGGACUCUCUGAGGAACCUGAGGACACGUCUUUGGACCGGAGGGAGCGCAAGAGAAGAUUUGCUGGUAGAGCAAAGAAGAAGGCUAAGUCCAGACGCCGUGGAAGCCGUCAGAGAGUAACAAUGGUCACCAUCUCGGACCGGGAGGAGACCAAGAAGAGAAGAUUUGCUCUAUGGUUUCACAUCACUGUCAUUGUGAGCAUCGGACUGCUGAGUAUUCUCCUCAUCUCCCUGCGCUUCAACUCACCGUCACCCUGGAAAGAGGGGAGAGAGCACUUACUGGAUGAACUCGAUGAAUUGACGCUUCAGGGCUGGAUGCUUCACGACAAGAGUCUCUACCGUGUUUCUACCACUAAGAAGGGCUGGAGGGCCAGUAGAGAAGACUGUCAGAAGAGAAAGGCAGACCUGGUGGUCAUCAACAGCAGAGAAGAACUGGCGUUUGUCAGCAGAUUGAUGGAUACUUCCUGGAUUGGACUGAGUGAUCGAGAGAAAGAGGGGACCCACAAGUGGGUGGAUGGUACCCCCAUGACCUCAAGUUGGAGACACGUUAAACCACGCGAUGACGGCGGAGCAAGAGACUGCGUCGUAGCAGGGGAGGACGGCUGGUCUGAAGAACCGUGUAACAGACUGCACCACUGGAUCUGUGAGAAGGUCCUAGACCUGGAUCAUCUGGAGGCUGAGCGGAACAAAGAGGGUUCAGUGAUGCUCACGGAGGAGGAGGAGGAGCAUCACAGAGUUCCACUCCUCUACCCACGUGUUGCCCGUGGGCCAAACGGCCCGCUACACCUGCCACGCCGGCGGCACGCCGGAGCCCACAGUAGAGUGGCUCCACAACGGCAGGCCCCUGGAGAGGGACGGCAGAGACGACCAAUCAGAGGCCUGGGUGGAGAGGGGCUUCCUCUUCGUCAGAGGUGGGAGGUACGGCGUGAACACGGUCUGCUGCAUGGCGAGCAACAGCGCUGGCACGGCCAAUCACAGCGCUGAGCUGCUUGUCUUUGGUCCCGUGGGGACCACCGGAAGGGGCGUGACUUCGCCACUCUAGUAUUGGUGCCUUCAAACAGUCGGAGUUCCUGGGAAUUUCGGAGGUUGGGACCUUCAGAUCGGAGGAAAUCGCCUUGAACACUCUGUGGAUUUCCCUCGGAACUUCCUCUACGGAAGUAGAGGAACCCGAGCCUCCGAGUUGACGUCAAAACAAUAGCUGCCCAUAGAGUGGCGAAGUCACGCCUCUUCCGGUAGAGCUCAUGGGACCUAUGAGAUCGAAAAAUAUGAAUGGGUGUCAAUGGAGAGAAAAUAAUUAUUUUCUGGUCCCAGUCUUUAUAUGACCUGGAUUACACACAUGUUGUUUGUGGAUUUGAAUGAUAAUUUUUCAUGCAAAGAAAAGUAAAAAUUUUCGUGAAGAAGAUUGAUAAUUUUAAGUUUUAUGUGAGGCCGCUUUGUGAACUACAGCUCUUCGCUGCUCUCGACGCAUAUGAUAUACGUCACAACACCCGCACUUGGAACUCGGCACAGAGAUGGCGAUCUCUCUGCCCCACUUCACCGCUGUUUCCAAGGGGAGGAUAAAAGCAUCGAAAGAGUUGAAAACCAUCAUAAAUCGGGGCACGUGCAGAGUUUCAGUUAUGCCGAUGGGAAGAUUGUCGGUCUUCUCCACGCCAGUCGCAGGGAGCGUGACGUCACAUACGAGCCGUGUAGUCUUUCUCGUUGUGUUUUCUCUACAGCCUUUAUCUGAACAGUUGCACAAUAAACGGUUGAACUCUUUGCAUGAAAAAUUAUCAUUUAAAUCCAUAAACAACAUAUGUGUAAUCCAGGGCAUAUAAAGACCGGGACCAGAUAAUAAUUAUUUUCUCUCCAUUGACACCCAUUCAUAUUUUUCGAUCUCAUAGGUGCCAUGAGCUCUACCGGAAGGGGCGUGACUUCGCCACUAUUUCAUUGACAGACUAAAGUGAACGUGCAGCAAGCACUAAGAGGUGAAUUUAACACCCGUUCCAACAUUUGAAUUACAGCUUAAAAUUAUAAACAUUAACUGAUUAAUUCUCCCUCAUGUUCAACCAUCGCAAGCAGUUCUAGUAACUGAUUAUUCUGAUUCAGUUAAAAAGCGCAAAGAGGUCCCUGCGGGCAUCCAUACUUGUUGUUAUGAAGUCUAGUCUCACGAACGACCUGUUUUUCCGGUUUUAUGUUAUAACCUACGAACGUUUCCUGAAACGUAAGAGCUUCCGAACCUCCGAGCUGCUUUGAGGGCGGCUGCGCAGUGCACACCCAAGCAUCACGUUAACGCGCAUGCAGAAAGAGGAUGUCACGGAAAUCAUGUCCGUUAGCUUUUCAAUAUAAAUCUGUCAAAAUAAAAGUCACGCAAAACAAUCGUUAUUUUGGGGAUUCGUUUAUCCGCGUGGGAAAUUUGAAUUGUGGCGUGUGAUAGUGUGUGAACUGGUUGAUAUGAGUGUGUCUCAGGGCCAAAUGGUGAGACUUGGCAGCUCUGUCAGUUGUGAAACAAAGCGGACGGACGUGGUCUCUAUAGCAACGACCUCAGCUACCCAACACUGAUCAAAAAAACGAUUGUUUCUCUCAAUCAAAGCACCAAACAGGACAACUGAUGCC